AUAACAAUCGGGUACCUAUAAAUACGUUUGUCAGUACAAAUCAAAGUCAGUACCCUUCUUGACUUUCGUUCAGUCGUACCAUUACUUUAAAUCCGAUCAGCAUGGUAAGCGAGAAAGUAGUUAUCGUACUGGCGAUAGGAGUAUUCGCAACGUGCCAAGGAGGUGCAGUUCCUGUCGCAGCAGUCCCAGGAUUUCCGGCUGUCGCCAAGCUUGCAUCAUUCGACCCAAGACUUAAUUACGAUCCUCAUCCUCAAUACACUUACGCAUACGACGUGCAAGAUGCUUUGACAGGGGAUUCAAAAUCGCAACAGGAGAGCAGAAACGGCGACGUCGUCAGCGGAAGUUACAGUUUCAUCGAGGCUGACGGAACUAGAAGAAUCGUCGAGUACACGGCUGAUUCUGUUAACGGAUUUAACGCGGUUGUGCACAGAGAACCGGUGGCUGUUAUUAAACCGGCCGUUAAGAUUGCCCCGGUAGCUUUCCAUCUGGGGGCGGUGUGUAUGCAUGUGUGUAAUACGGGUGACUUAACGCAAGUUUGGGUGCAAGGAAUAGCUCGGUUAUUGUUACCGAAUGACACGAAACCAUCGACGGUCAUCGCGCAUAUAAAAGUACGAGGAAUCUUACCCCGAGGCAUCAGUCUCCUGGCGAUCCUCGUGCAAACAAACAUGGCUGGAAAGCUCGUCGUAUUCUUAGGCUUGGCGGUCCUUUCAAAGGGGGCGGUGGUACCAGCGGUACCAGUGCCGUCUGCUCCUGUCGUGGCGGCUGUACCAACGGCGAGACUCGAGGAAUUAGAUGCACCGGCUCAGUACAGUUUCGCUUACGACGUCCAGGAUGCUGUAACCGGUGAUUCGAAGGCCCAAUACGAGACCAGAAACGGCGACGUGGUGCAGGGUAGCUACAGCUUGAUCGAGGCUGACGGUACCCGGCGCAUCGUCGAGUACACGGCGGACCCUAUAAACGGAUUUAACGCUGUAGUCAGUCGGGAACCAGCGACCGCGGUCGCCGCAAUCGCCGCGCCUGUCUUACCAUACGCACCUGCCAUCGCACCUUCUGCCGGAGUUGCACCUGUUUUGCCCGCUGCAGCUGCACCAGCGCCGGCUGUUCCGGCCAGUGGCCCGGACUCCGACGUGGAGGUUGUCGAGGCUAGAUCCGGUCCUCUCGUCGCGGCUAUGCCGACCAGUCGGGACCAACAGCUCCGUCAACAGCAAGAGCAGCAACUGCAACAGCUCAGAGAACUUGAGAAGCAACAGCAGGAACAGCUGCAACAAUUGCAGCAAAGAUCUAGACAGCAGCUGCAGCGACAGAUUCAACAGCGCCAACAGCAGCAGAGGAUACAGCAAGAACAGGAGAAGAAACAAGAGGGACAGGAAGAGCAACAGCAACAGCAAGGAGUGCCAGUGAGAGCUUUCGCUACACCUGUCCAGGUAGCACCGAAAGCUCAACGACUGGUAGGCCCGUCGCCUGUUAGAGCGGUCGCAAGUUACACGACGUACCCGAAUGCUUACGCCUACACCGCUGCCUAUUCCUCGCCUUUGGCUUAUGCAUCGCCCCUCGGCGGUCUUACCUACGCCCCCGCCACCGCCCUCCUUUAAAAUAUUCUCUUUUUUUAAUAUCGAAUCGUUACCACACCCUCCUAAUCGAGGAUACUGAACUUGCAAUAAAUACUUAUUUUACAAUAAAUGGAAGAGAAUCAA